AUGUCUUCCAAACACUUCAUCGACGACCCUACACACCUCGUCAACACCGCCCUCCACAGCCUGACCCUUGCCAACCCCAACGUCGCUCUCGACUCAGACUCAAAAAUCGUCUACCGCCGCCCCAGCCAUGACAAACCGCAAGUAUCCAUCAUCUCCGGCGGCGGGUCGGGCCAUGAGCCCUCCUUCGGGGCCAUGGUCGGUCCAGGCAUGCUGUCCGCCGCAGUGGCAGGCACCAUAUUCGCCAGCCCAUCCGCCGAGCAGGUGCGUACGGCCAUUGCCCACCGUGUAGACACCAGCCGGGGCGUGUUGGUCGUGGUGAUGAACUACACAGGUGACGUGCUCAACUUUGGCAUGGCUGUCGAGAAGGCCAAGGCCGCCGGGCUACCCGUCGACAUGGUCGUCGUAGGCGAUGACGUGGGCGUCGGCAGGGCAAAGGCAGGCAAAGUGGGGAGAAGAGGCAUCGCGGGAACGGUGCUCGUGCUGAAAAUCGCGGGUGCCUUGGCCGCACAGGGACGGUCGCUGGGGGAGGUCGCCAAGGUGGCGAGAUUGGCGGCCGACAACAUCGUCAGUGUCGGCGCGAGUCUGGAGCAUGUUCAUGUACCAGGGAGGGCGGUCGGUGCUCAGGACGACACGUUGGCGCAGGGCGAGGUAGAGAUUGGCAUGGGCAUUCACAACGAGGCCGGUUCCGAGAGAGCCAAACUCCAUCUGCCUCGAUUGGUGGGCCGGAUGCUUGCCCAGCUGCUGGACUCCAGCGACGAGGACCGCGCAUUCCUCAAGGUCAACUCCAACGAAGUCGUCUUGAUGAUCAACAACUUGGGGAGUGUGUCGGUGUUGGAAAUGGGCGGCAUUACGACCGAGGUUGUGACGCAACUGGGCUCCAGCUAUGGAAUCCACCCUGUCCGCAUCAUCACAGGCACCUUUAUGACGAGUCUCAACGGGUUGGGAUUUAGCGUCUCGCUGCUCAACGUGGUCAACACGGACGUCGCCGGCCCCGGGAUGAUGGAGCUGUUGGAUGCCGGCGCAGAAGUUACCGGGUGGUCGGCGCCGAUCCGCAAGGAGACGUGGGAGGCGAAGAACGUGGCAACCCGCACCGAUGAGAGGGGCCACGAUGAGCAGGUCAAGCCCAGCGGGCUACGGAUGGACAAGAGCAUCGUCAAGGAGAGGCUGGAGCUGGCUCUGGACAGGGUCAUUGCCGCCGAGCCAGAGAUCACGCGAUAUGACACCGUGGUCGGGGAUGGAGACUGCGGCAUCGGCUUGAAGAGGGGUGCAGAGGCCGUCUUGAAGCACAUCGGCCAAACUGACUUGACCGACGACCCCUUGCUGACACUUGCAUCCAUCAUCCCCAUCGUCGAGUCUACCAUGGACGGCACAUCCGGUGCCCUCUACGCCAUCUUCCUCAACGCGCUUGCCCGUGCACUCCGCUCUCUGCCCUCGGGCGAUCUGACGCCUUCCUCGUGGGCCGAGGCCCUCCAGCAAUCUUGCGAUGCGCUGUCCAAGUAUACGCCUGCUCGGCCCGGUGACAGAACCCUCGUGGACGCACUGUACCCGUUUAUUCAGGUCCUCGGCAAGACGAGGGACGUAAAGAAGGCGGCGGAGGCGGCGAAGAAGGCGGCCGACGAGACGAGGGGCAUGCAGGCCAGCUUGGGGAGAGCCGUAUACGUAGGCGGCAAGGGAUUCGAGCAGGUUCCUGAUCCGGGGGCCUUUGGGCUGGCUUGUUUCUUUGGCGGGCUGGCUGGAGGGGGUGAUGAAGAGUGGGAAAGGGUUUGA